CCUCACGGGUGCUGAAAGGAGGGAAGGAAGAAUCAUCUCCCUUGAAGGCCCCUGACGAGUCUCCUCUCCAGCAGAGCUUUGCUUUGCUGGCACCGUCCCUACAUCCCUGGGCGUCGUUUCUCCCUCCUCUGUCGCCUGUCCGGGCCUCCGGCUCCUGAAGCAGACGUCUGGCAUCGGGGCUCUGCCUGAGCUCCCUGCUUAGCCAAGCGAAGGCCCUGGUACGUCUGCUUGCUCUGAUGAGUGAUUGGAGGGGCUACCCUGCCUCAGCUGGGUGAACAGAACAUAACACAGAAACUUCUUCAGAGUGGGGAUUCUGCUGCCCUAAAAGACAGGUUUCCUGUUUGGUGGUCUCUCUUUCACCAGGAUGUUCGAGUAAAUUCUUCUGAUCAGGUGCACGAGAAGAUGUUCAAUCAUCCACCCAGCCAGGGACACUCUUAGGUGACUGCAGUUGUGCAGACCCCACUGGGGUAUGGAUCAUCAGCUCAAAUGAAUGUUCAUCUGAAAGGUCGUGACCUCCUUACUCUACAGAACUAUACAGCAGAUGAGCUAAAGUAUUUGCUGUGGAUGGCCUCAGAUUUGAAACAAAGGAUAAAACACAAAGGAGAGUAUUUGCCUUUGAUGCAAGGAAAAUCUUUGGCCAUGAUUUUUGAGAAGAGAAGCACAAGAACAAGAUUAUCUGCAGAAACAGGAUUUGCUCUCCUUGGAGGACAUCCUUCCUUCCUUACAACACAAGACAUACAUCUGGGCACUAAUGAGAGUCUCACAGAUACAGCAAGGGUGCUGUCCAGCAUGACAAAUGCAAUCUUGGCUAGAGUUUAUAAGCAUAACGAUCUGGACCUAAUGACGAAAGAAGCCACAAUCCCAAUAAUCAAUGGGUUGUCUGAUUUAUACCAUCCUCUCCAGAUUUUAGCUGAUUACCUAACUCUUCAGGAGCACUAUGGUGGGCUGAAUGGACUCACUGUCACCUGGAUCGGGGAUGGAAACAACGUCCUCCACUCCAUCAUGAUGAGUGCUGCAAAGCUGGGAAUGCACCUGCGUAUUGCGAGUCCCAAGGGGUUUGAACCAGACCUCAGAAUAACUGAAAUAACUGAGCAGUACUCCAAAGAGUAUGGCACCAAGUUACUUCUCACAACAGAUCCUUUUGAAGCUGCAGACAGUGCCAAUGUCUUAGUUACAGAUACGUGGAUAAGUAUGGGACAAGAAGAGGAAAAGAAAGAAAGACUAAAGGCAUUUCAAGGUUAUCAGAUUACAAUGCAGAUGGCAAAGUCUGCUGCUUCGAACUGGACUUUUUUACAUUGUUUACCUAGAAAACCUGAAGAAGUUGAUGAUGAAGUAUUUUAUUCUCCACGGUCAUUGGUUUUCCAGGAGGCUGAAAACAGAAAAUGGACAAUUAUGGCUGUCAUGGUUUCCCUGCUGACAGAUUACUCACCACAGCUACAAAAGCCUACAUUUUGAUGCUUGGAUUCCUACCAAGAGAAAAAUAUUCCUCAUCGGCAGAAUAUUCUGGUCCAUGAGGACAUAGAUCUUCUUCGGAAAGGAUCAAGGCAAUGAAUGAUUCUUUAAUAAAACCAUAUAGUUAGCU